UGAGCUUUCUGCUUCUUCGGUCGUAGCUAUCUUUUCCUGUAGAGAUCUCGUAGAGAAAGCUCAGCAGGGGUUAUCUUUUCCUGUCACCCUUGUGGACAGUGAUUUGAAGAUAGGAUGUGCAGUAGAGGGCACUGGAGGCCGGAGGAAGACGAGAAGCUGAAGGAGUUGGUCAGUAGGUUUGGUCCUCACAACUGGAACGCCAUCGCAGAGAAGCUUCAAGGAAGAUCAGGUAAAAGCUGUAGGCUCAGAUGGUUCAAUCAGCUGGAUCCAAGGAUCAACCGCAGCCCCUUCACGGAGGAGGAAGAAGAACGGCUCCUCGCUUCGCACCGCGUUCACGGCAACCGCUGGGCGGCCAUCGCCAGGCUCUUCCCUGGUCGUACCGACAACGCAGUGAAGAACCACUGGCAUGUGAUCAUGGCUCGUCGGCAUCGAAAAGCUACUGCCAAAAGCAUAUAUACAGCCACAGCCAGAUCAACAGAAGCCAAGGACAAGGGAUCAGAGUCGAGGCAUAUAUACAACCACCUUAAGUUACUGCCAAAAGCAUUCUUCUCCGACCUCCAUGAUCAUAUUCCCCAGAUGGCCAAAGAUGGAGAGAGUUCAACUGAGUUCUAUGAUUUUCUUCAAGUAAACACCGAGUCUGAUGGUGCUAAAUGUCAUUCAAGUGUAGAGGAACAGGAGGAGGAGGAGGAGGAGGAGGCUGAGGAGGAAUGGAGAAAAGCUGGUGUUCCCUUCAUAGAUUUCUUGUAAGUCAGAAGUUCUCCCUAAGAUAUCUUAUCUAGCAACAGUUAUAGUGUACAAAAAAUAUUUUACAUCCUUGAUCUCACUAAUAUAAUUCCAUGUCUGUUCAUGAUAUCAUUUAGUAGU